UUUAUUUAUUUUACAUUGUGCUAAGCUCAUGUGUGUGUGCCGUAUUUAAUGGAUCACUAACUUGGAGCUGAGAAAGUAUCAGUGCAAGUCACAUGCUGAUUUCUUUAAAUGCUUCUUUUUGUUCAUGUUAAGCCAUUUAUUUCAACCCUCUUCUUUUAUUUUUAGUGGAUUUGCAUUACUUUGUUAUUCACUCAAGAGAAAAAGAGGACGAGCACAAAUCUUCAUAUUCCAGCUGCAAACUCUGCUCUUCAAGGUACCUAAAAUUAUCCUGCAGUUGUCACUAAAAUCUCAUUAAGGAGCCACAUUUAACUAUGAACAACUUAAAGUUAGGUGUAGAUGUGGUUAGUGCUCACAAUCUACUACCUAAAGAUGGCGAAGGUUCUUCUAAUUCCUUUGUUGAACUUUACUUUGAUGGCCAAAAGUACCGCACAACCAUCAAAGAAAGGGAUCUUAAUCCUGUUUGGAAUGAGAGUUUCUACUUCAAUAUAUCAGAUCCUUCCAACCUUCACUAUCUCCCUCUUGAUGUUUAUGUCCAUUGUCAUUCCAAAGCUACUAACUCAACUUCAUUUCUUGGCAAAGUUAGUCUCACUGGUACUUCUUUUGUCCCUCAUUCUGAUGCUGUUGUAUUGCAUUUUCCAUUGGAAAAGCGCGGCAUUUUCUCGCGUGUUAGAGGAGAGAUUGGCCUUAAAGUUUACAUCACUAAUGAUCAUACCAUAAAGUCCUCAAUUCCAACUACUAAUGUUGAUUCAAUGCAUACAAAUAAUAAUCUUAGCUCAACACAUGGUGAAGUUCAUGGAACUACAAAUGCAAUGAUGAAUGGUUUGUCUAGUGACAAGGUUGAGUCGUCGAGACAUACAUUUCAUCACCUCCCAAACACGAACAAUCAUCGGCAUCAACAUCAACAACAUUCUACUGGCUAUGCAGAUACUCACUAUGUAACAAAGUAUGAAGCUGAUGAAAUGAAGUCUGAUCAACCACAGCCUAUGAAACUAGUACAUUUGCACUCUGCUACAUCAAUGCAACCAAUCGAUUUUGCACUUAAAGAAACUAGUCCAUUUCUUGGUGGUGGAAGAGUUGUUGGAGGACGCGUUGUUCAUAAAGACAAGUCUUCAAGUACUUAUGAUCUUGUGGAAAGGAUGUAUUUUUUGUAUGUUAGAGUCGUUAAGGCUCGCGAGCUUCCUUCAAUGGAUGUUACAGGAAGUCUUGAUCCAUUUGUUGAGGUGAGAAUUGGAAAUUAUAGAGGCAUUACAAAACACUUUGAUAAGAAUCAGAAUCCUGAGUGGCAUCAAGUGUUUGCAUUUUCAAAGGAGAGGAUGCAAGCAUCUGUACUAGAAGUUGUGAUCAAGGACAAAGAUCUUAUCAAAGAUGAUUUUGUUGGGAUUGUGAGGUUUGACAUCAAUGAGGUUCCUUUAAGAGUUCCACCAGAUAGUCCUUUGGCACCUGAAUGGUACCGUCUUGAAGAUAAAAAAGGGGAGAAAGUUAAAGGUGAGUUGAUGUUAGCUGUUUGGAUUGGCACUCAAGCUGAUGAAGCUUUUUCUGAUGCUUGGCAUUCAGAUGCAGCUUCACCUGUUGAUAGCACACCUGCUACUACCACAGCCAUACGUUCAAAGGUUUAUCAUGCUCCAAGGUUGUGGUAUGUUCGUGUCAAUGUGGUAGAGGCUCAAGAUUUGAUUCCAACGGAGAAAAAUCGGUUCCCAGAUGCUUAUGUUAAGGUGCAGAUAGGUAACCAAGUGCUGAAAACAAAGACAGUGCCUGCUAGGACUCUAAAUCCACAAUGGAAUGAAGAUCUUUUGUUUGUUGCUGCUGAGCCUUUUGAAGAUCAUAUAAUACUUUCGGUUGAAGAUCGAGUUGGUCCUGGAAAAGAUGAGAUCAUUGGGAGGGUGAUCAUACCUUUAAACGCGGUGGAGAGGCGAGCUGAUGAUAGGAUCAUUCAUUCUAGAUGGUUCAACUUGGAAAAGCCUGUUGUUGUGGAUGUUGAUCAGCUGAAGAGAGAAAAAUUUGCUAGCAGAAUUCAGCUAAGGUUAUGUCUUGACGGAGGUUAUCAUGUUUUUGAUGAAUCAACUCAUUAUAGCAGUGAUCUUCGCCCCACGGCGAAACAGCUAUGGAAGCCAGCUAUUGGUAUUUUAGAACUUGGAGUGUUGAAUGCCAUAGGGCUCCAUCCAAUGAAAACAAGGGAUGGUAGAGGCACUUCUGAUACAUAUUGUGUGGCAAAAUAUGGUCACAAAUGGGUCAGAACAAGGACUCUUGUUGAUAACUUGUCUCCAAAGUACAAUGAGCAAUACACUUGGGAGGUUUUUGAUCCUUCCACAGUACUCACAGUUGGUGUUUUUGACAAUUCUCAAAUCAGUGGUGAAAAGGGUCACAACAAUAACAGUUCAAAAGACUUGAAAAUUGGGAAGGUGAGAAUUCGCAUAUCGACUCUCGAAACAGGAAGGAUUUACACUCAUUCAUAUCCUUUGCUUGUUCUUCAUCCUACUGGUGUUAAGAAAAUGGGUGAACUUCACUUGGCAAUAAGAUUCUCAUGCACUUCUUUCUCAAACAUGCUUUACCUAUACUCAAGACCACUUCUGCCAAAAAUGCACUAUGUUAGGCCUUUUGCUGUCAUGCAACUCGAUAUGCUCCGUCACCAAGCAGUUAACAUAGUCGCAGCACGGCUCGGCCGAGCCGAGCCCCCCCUCCGUAAAGAAGUGGUGGAAUACAUGUCAGAUGUGGACUCACACUUAUGGAGCAUGCGUCGUAGCAAGGCGAAUUUCUUUCGCCUUAUGACAGUUUUUUCGGGUGUUUUUGCAGUUGGAAAAUGGUUAGGUGAUAUAUGCAUGUGGAUAAAUCCUAUUACAACAGUUCUUGUUCAUGUAUUGUUUCUUAUGUUAGUUUGUUUUCCUGAGUUGAUUAUGCCAACACUUUUUCUCUACCUGUUCUUGAUUGGUGUGUGGAACUUUCGGUACCGACCAAGGUACCCUCCUCACAUGAACACAAGAAUCUCACAAGCUGAUGCAGUACACCCUGAUGAAAUGGAUGAAGAGUUUGAUACUUUUCCAACAAGUAAAAACCAUGAUCUUGUUAGAUUAAGGUAUGAUCGUUUGAGGAGUGUGGCUGGAAGAAUACAAAGUGUUGUUGGUGAUUUGGCUAGUCAAGGUGAAAGGAUUCAUGCACUUUUGAGCUGGAGAGAUCCAAGAGCUACUGCUAUAUUCAUUACUUUCUGUUUGUUAUCUGCUUUGGUUUUGUAUGUUACUCCUUUUCAAGUUGUAGCUGGUUUAGCAGGAUUCUAUUUCAUGAGACAUCCGAGGUUUCGGUGCAGGCUUCCGUCCGCACCGAUCAAUUUCUUCCGCCGUCUGCCUGCAAGAACUGAUAGUAUGUUGUAGAAUUCUGGAAAUAGAUUCUCUGCUUUUACAGAUCUCUCGACAAUGGUCGAGAUCUUUUAAAAUUGAUUUACUGCUGGUGUAAUCUUAAAUCAACGAUAGAGAUUGAUUAUUGCAUGUAACUACAUGCAGGGAAUGUGGAUCCUUGAAUUCUUUCUUCUUGGCUUCAAUUCUCCCUUUUGCUAUAUUGUAGUAUAGUACUAUAGUGUAGGUCAUGUUUCAAUUUCAAACCAGCUUUUCUUUGUAUCAGGCAUUUACUUUGUUUGUAUUAUGUAAUAAUAUAAUAAUAAGUUGGAUGUAGUAUUAUUUUCUAGCAUUCUAAUUUGUAUGUGGA